GUGUUCCCUGACAGGUGUUCCCUGACAGGUGUGUCCCCUGACAGUAGGAGGGUCGUUGGGGUGGGCCCCUUUAAACUUCCACAGACGGGGUACACCGGGGUCCUACCGCUGAACGUGGGAGGCCACAGGGUACGGGGGGUAUACAAGGUGGAUGACACCAUGCUGAGCUUCCUGGACACCUUCGAGGGCUGCCCAACCAUGUACCAACGCACCUCCGUUCAGAUAGAGUUGGAAGACUGGAAGGUGGAGGGGAGAGAGAGGAGCCCAGGCAGCAUAAUGGAGGCCUUCUUCUACAGCACCACCUCCUACCAGCCUGCCUGGCUCAAACACAACUUCUAUGAGAGCUACGACGCCUACGGAGACCAUGGCUUGGUGUACAUCGACAGGAAGGACAGAGCUCCACUGAAGGAUCUAUAGUCUGGGUGCCAUCAUGCCACUCCUUGCCCUGAUGGCACCAGCAGGUCUGGAACCUGGCUAGAGGAUAGAUGGGCCGCUACACAGCAUAGCUUUUUAGAUAUGAUGUUUUUACAGUUAACUACUUUCUACUGUCCAGGGAUGUAAACUGCUGAGGGCACUAAAACGAGACACUUUUUAUUGUUGUUGCACUGAAACAUGUAAUAAAUCCCUACUAGGGGGAAAAUGCAGGUUUUAACUAAUUAAACAACACAAUAUAAUCUACAUGCUCAGUCUCUGUGUGUAAAAUAAAAAGUGGUUUAUGUGAACCGAACUCACAGCUAAAACAUGUAAAGAAAACAAUCCAAUGUUAUUUGUUGACUAAACUUUACUGUAAAUGACACUCGGGUCUAGAGAAUAAAACAAUACACUAAAAUUACAGUUACCAUGACAGCCUUUUUAAUAGAACGCUCGUUAC